CCUUGGAGGGCACCAGUCACCCAGGUGCACUCACUGCUACUCUGGACUGAUGGAGAAACAGAACUACUUUCCAUUAAGGUCCUCCAAGAUGGAAGAACAAAGAGAUAGAAGACAAGAAAUCCCUGGAGGCAUCCCAACUUCUGGACAGGAUGCUGAGUGAUCUGGAGAGACGCCAUGUGCUGGAGCAGAUGUUUGUGCAGAUGAUGGCAUAUGCUAGAGGAAGGAAUGGCCCUGUGCGAGCUCCUGGUGCAGGAAAGGAGGAGAUGCCAGGCCCAGGCACAGGAGAUGCGCUUGGCAAGUCCAGUAUAAAUGCUGAGAAUCCACCGAGCACCCCAAGAGUGUUCUGCCCGCAGGAUGUGCGCAAGUCCUGCAUGAUAGGCACAGCAGUGACACUGUUCACAGUGCCACUUUCCAUGCUCCUGUGCUAUGUUGGAUUCUGGUGGUGGAAGGACAAGAAACGUCACCCUGCUGCAGCUCCAGCAUACCAGCCAAGAAGGUGUGACUCUCCCUUGCCCCCAGGGAGCCCAGAGACUGCCUCAUUCGACAGCUCUCAGAUGUGGCCUCAGAAGCAGGAGUCGACCUGGAAAGCAGAGCACCAGCACUCCGUGCCUCCCCCACGGCCCCCCAGCCCGGCUGUGAAGAGGAAGCCCCCUGAGAUCCCCCCACCUCCUCCCCUCCCGAGCCAGCCACCCUGGUCCAGCUAGGACUGAAAGUGGGACAGCCAUGGCAGGGCUUGGGCCACCAGCAGCUUGGGGCAUCUGCUCUUGGCUACAAAUAACACAUUACCUGUGGGUAACAGCCAGAGGCACUUGUCCUACUCUUUUACCUUCAACGGGAAGGGCUGAAGAUUCUUCCCAUGCCCUGUCUUAUCCCUUUUGAUUUUCAUACAGCUGGGUGCUGGCUGAACCUUUUCAAAGAACUUUAUUUACACUUCAUGUUUUAACCCACCUACCAAGGAAAA